CCGACGACUCCACCCACACAAGGUCAUCAUGCGCGGCUACAUGGGGGAAGAUGUGGAGAUCCGCGAUGUUUGGGCAAGUAAUCUGGACGAAGAGAUGAAGAAAGUGCGGGAGAUCGUGCGCCGCAAGUGCUACGUGGCCAUGGACACGGAGUUCCCGGGGGUCGUGGCCCGUCCGAUCGGAUCGUUCAGCACCACCACAGAGUACCAGUACCAAACGCUGCGCUGCAACGUGGAUCUUUUGCGCAUCAUCCAGCUGGGCCUGGCGUUCUUUCACGAAGAUGGGACGGUCAUGCGGGACUGCCCUGUGUGGCAGUUCAACUUCAAGUUUAGCCUCAGCGAAGACAUGUACGCGGAGAACUCGAUCGAGCUGCUCAAGCAGUCGGGUAUUGACUUUGCCAAGCACGAGGAGUGCGGCGUCGAAGUCACUCGCUUCGGCGAACUGCUCGUGCCGUCAGGGCUCGUGCUCGAACCGAACAUCAAAUGGUUGAACUUCCAAGGGUCGUAUGACUUUGGCUAUCUCCUCAAGAUCCUCACGUGCGCGCCGCUUCCUUCGGACGAAGACUCGUUCUUUGACCUCUUCCAGCUGUACUUUCCAUCGACGUACGAUCUCAAGUACCUGGCCUUUGACUACGACAAGAUGGGCGGGCUCAGUCGCUUAGCCGAAGAUCUGCAAGUCGAGCGCAUUGGGACCAUGCAUCAAGCGGGGUCGGAUGCGCUGUUGACCGCGGGCGUGUUCUUCAAGAUGCUGGAUCUGUACUGCGACGGCAAGGUCGAGAAUGCCAGCAAAUACGCUGGCCAUUUGUAUGGUCUCGGCACGACGUUGGCACUGUUGGGGUAAUAAAAUAAUCGUCAAAACGCUCUCCAGUUUAAUCUGUCGUUGGUAGUAUAAAUCUCC